GGUGAACUACUAAUGAAAUAUAUGUAGAGAAUUUCUCUUUUUACUUUGGAUUUUGUCAGCAGCCUUUGAAUUCCAACACACACACUGGCAGACUGGUCCAUGCAAGGCUUUCCUUCACCAAAAUUAUUUUUUCAAUUUUCUUCACCGAAAGCGACUGUCACUGUUCCACUGCACGACUCCGUUUUUCCGUUUUUCCUACAAAACAGGAGUCUCUGACAAAACCUUGAAGUAUUACUAGUUUAAUCUUUCUAUUCCUCUCUCAGAAAUCGAAACACAGAGUAAUGGCUGCUUUUUCAUUCACGUUGGCCAAAUUAUCUCCCUCUUCUGUCUCAUCAUGGACUCUCUCUCUCCCCUCCUUCCUCCCAACCACCACUCGCCGCCGCCGACACCCCAAGUCCGUCGUCGUAGUCUCGGCUGCGGCGGCGAUGAACACAAAACCCACAAUUCUCGUCGCCGAGAAGCUGGGCGAGGCGGGUCUUCAACUUCUCAACAACUUCGCCAACGUCGAUUGCUCUUAUAACAUGACCCCAGAAGAGCUCUGCACCAAAAUCUCUCUCUGCGACGCCCUAAUUGUUCGGAGUGGAACCAAAGUCACCCGCCAAGUCUUCGAGUCCUCCGGCGGGAGACUCAAGGUUGUGGGACGCGCCGGCGUCGGAAUCGACAACGUUGACUUGUCGGCGGCGACGGAGCACGGCUGUCUUGUAGUCAAUGCGCCGACGGCGAAUACUAUCGCCGCCGCGGAGCAUGGGAUUGCUCUUCUUACUGCCAUGGCUCGUAACAUUGCUCAAGCCAAUGCGUCCGUCAAAGCUGGGAAAUGGCAGAGGAGCAAAUAUGUUGGAGUGUCACUAGUAGGGAAAACACUUCUAGUGAUGGGUUUUGGAAAGGUUGGAUCAGAAGUUGCACGGCGUGCCAGGGGGCUCGGUAUGCAGGUGAUUGCAUAUGAUCCAUAUGCCCCUGCAGACCGUGCCCGUGCAAUUGGUGUGGAGUUAGUGACCUUUGAUGAAGCCAUAUCGGCUGCAGAUUUUAUCUCGCUGCAUUUGCCUCUCACUCCUACUACGUCCAAGAUUCUCAAUGACGAGUGUUUCUCUAAAAUGAAGAAAGGUGUUCAGAUUGUCAAUGUUGCUCGUGGUGGUGUAAUUGAUGAGGAAGCUCUAGUGAGGGCCCUCAAUUCCGGGAUUGUUGCACAGGUGGCACUUGAUGUAUUCACUGAAGAACCUCCACCUGAAGACAGUAUGCUGGUGCUACAUGAAAAUGUUAUUGUAACUCCUCAUCUUGGUGCCAGCACCAUAGAAGCUCAGGAAGGUGUGGCUAUUGAAAUAGCUGAAGCAGUUGCAGGUGCUUUGAAAGGAGAACUUGCUGCCACUGCAGUUAUAGCUUGUUUUAAUGUGACACAGGUUUUAUCAGAGCUAGCUCCAUUUGUUGGACUGGCAGAAAAGCUUGGCAGGCUGGCCGUGCAGCUAGUUGCCGGUGGAAGUGGUGUGCAAUCAGUGAAGAUAACGUAUGCUUCUGCUAGGGGUCCAGAUGAUCUUGAUACUAGGUUGCUCCGUGCUAUGAUUACCAAGGGUCUGAUUGAGCCCAUUUCCAGUGUUUUUGUGAACUUGGUAAAUGCUGACUUCACUGCCAAACAGAAAGGACUGAAAAUAACAGAAGAGAGGGUCGUGUUGGAUGGUUCUCCUGGGAAACCACUUGAAUUCAUCCAACUUCAAAUUGCUAAUGUUGAGUCAAAAUUUGCUGGUGCAAUUUCAGAGUCUGCUGAGAUCAAAGUGCAAGGAAUGGUGAAAGAAGGGUUACCCCAUUUGACGAUGGUGGGGUCAUUUGGAGUGGAUGUGAGUUUAGAAGGCAGCCUCAUACUCUGCAAGCAAGUCGAUCAGCCUGGCAUUAUUGGAAAAGUGGGGAGCAUUCUCGGACAGGGAAAUGUUAAUGUCAACUUCAUGAGUGUGGGGAGGACAGCACCACAGAAACAGGCAGUCAUGACAAUAGGUGUGUAUGAGGAACCUGAUACAGAAACACUACAGAAAAUCGGGGAGAUAGUGGCUAUUGAAGAAUUUGUUUUCCUUAAGUUAUAGUUUGGUUAGUCUGAUCAUGCUUCACUAUUUGAUUUCAAUUUUGAAAUUGUUGUAGAAAUGGUUUGUCAUUGAAUAUGUCAUUUUUGUCUUAUAAAUAAAGUAACUAGUUUGGGGUAAGUUGAUUUAAUGUGAAUGUGCUACCAAGGGUAGUAAUUAUUAAAUCAGUUUUCUUUU